CAGCAAGGUUCACGUUCCACCAUCAUCGUCACUCGGCUCCGGUUCGGUUCAUUGAGACAUCAAGCAGAAGCAUCCGAGAUUGCGACACCGCCCGUCAACAUCCCACAACCCGCCGCCGGUUCGGCGACAAAGAUGCGACCAUGGCGCUAACAUGGAGGUCCUUCGACUUCUUCGACGCAACCCAGAUCAAGCUCCCCGACGACACCAACGCCAAUCCCACCAACACCACCGCCAAGGACCCCGACAUCACCACCACCAACACGCGCUCCUUCUUCGAGGGCAACGAGAUCGCCGCCGUGUGCUCGGGCUCCGACAGCCUCAUCCUCGGCAGCUUCGACGGCGUCGUGCGCAUCGUCGGCCCCAGCUGGACCGUCGUGCGCACUUUUCGUGCCUAUGACCCGCCCACCACUGCUGCUGCUGCUACUAUCAAUGCGGUGGUUGGGGGUGGCGGUGGGGCGCCGAGUAUCACCCAUAUGCGCCAGGUGGAGGGGACGAGUUUGUUGGUUACUGUUGCGGAAGGGGGUGGCGAGAGUCAGCCUGUGUUGAAGGUCUGGGCGCUGGAUAAGCCGGUUAAGAAGACGGGCAUUCCGACGUGUUUGAGCACGGUGGUGGUUAAUAAUGGGAAGAAGCCGUUUCCGAUAUCGGCUUUCGCGGCGACCGAAGAUUUGACGCAGGUGGCGGUCGGGUUCGCGAACGGCGCCGUUACUGUCAUACGCGGCGACCUGAUCCAUGACCUUGGAACGAAACAACGCAUCAUCUACGAGUCGGACGAGCCGAUCACGGGCGUGGAGCUACAUGUUGAGGCCGGCUUGACAACGUUGUUUGUCGCGACCACAUCGCGGAUUCUAAAGUUGGUCCUUUCCGGGAAGGGACAUGGACAACCGCCAAAGACGGUUGAGGAUACGGGUUGUGGGGUCGGCUGCAUGGUCGUGGACAAGAAGACGGGGAAUAUCGUCGUUGGGAGAGAGGAUGCGGUUUACUACUACACACUCGACGGCAGGGGGCCGCCAACGGCGUAUGAGGCCCCGAAGAAGCUGAUCUCGGUUUACCAAGAUUACAUCGCUUUGGUAUCCCCGCCUACGCCAGCCGGGGAGGCGGACACGAUGCGGCGGCGGUUCUGGGGGGCUACGGCCGACAGCAUCUACACUUUCACGCUGAUACAUCCCGACCUCAGGAUCAUUGCUCACAGUGAGACCGUGCUCUCCGAUGUCAAACACAUUUUCCAGCUGUGGGGUGACCUGUACAUGCUCACUCAGGAUGGCAAGGUGUUUCGCUACCACGAAAAGUCGCUUCAGCAACGGCUGGAGAUGAUGUAUCAACGCAACCUCUACACGCUGGCUGUUGAACUGGCGCAAAAAUGCGGCAUGGAUGGGCAGCAGCAAAACGUCAUCUACCGCAAAUAUGGCGACUACCUCUACCAGAAAGGCGACUACGACGGAGCCAUGACCCAAUACAUCAAGGCCAUCGACAGCACCGAGCCGUCGCAAGUGAUCAGAAAGUUCCUCGAUACGCAAAGGAUACACAACCUCAUCGAGUACCUCGAGCAGCUCCAUGAUCACCACAAGGCCACGUCAGACCAUACCACCCUCCUUCUCAACUGCUACGCAAAGCUCAAGGAUAUCGACAAGCUGGAAAAGUUCAUUAAAUCUCCCGGAGACCUCAAGUUCGACUUGGACACGGCCAUCUCCAUGUGCCGGCAGGGUGGCUACUAUGAGCAAGCAGCCUACCUAGCCAAGAAGCAUGGGGAGCACGACUUGGUAGUGGACAUCCUCAUCGAGGAUUCUAAAGCGUAUGACGAAGCGUUAGACUAUGUCUGGCACUUGGACCCAGACACAGCAUACUCCUGUCUCAAGAAGUAUGCUCGAGUUCUCAUCGAAAACUGCCCCAAAGAUGCCACUCAGCUAUUCAUCGAUUACUACACCGGGAGGUUCACGCCGAGGAUAGAUCCCCCGGUGCCAAAUGCGCAACCUGCCACUAACGGCGGUUUUGUCGUCGGGGCUGCCAAUGCUGUGCAGAAUCUCAGCAACCUGUUACCGCUGCCGUACAUGAAUGCGAACACGGUGGCAGCGCAACAAAGCAACGCCAGGCCAACCGCUGGUGAUCUCCCAGUCAACCCAGAAGCGGCGGCACCAGAGUACACCCCGCCACGACCCCGGACCGCCUUCUCGUCGUUUAUCGAUCACCCCGACGAGUUCAUCAUCUUCCUCGAGGCAUGUCUCAACGAAGACAGCCUUUCGGAAGCUGACCGGACGGACCUCUCUACCACAUUAUUCGAAAUGUACCUCCACAAAUCCAACGAGAAGAAGGGCGACGACCAGCACCGUGAAGAGUGGGAACAGCGGGCCAAAACCCUGAUCAACAACAAACCCCAAGGCGGCAUCAACAACACCACCAAACCACCUAUCGAAAAUUCCAAUGUCCUGCUCCUCUCGCAUCUCUCCGAUUUCCGCGACGGCACCACCCUCGUCAAAGAACAAUCCGGCCUCCUUUUCGAUAUCUUCCGCUCCUACACCUCGGCCAAAGACACCCGGGGCGCCAUCAAAGCGCUCCGCAAAUACGGCCACGAAGAACCCCAACUCUACCCUGCCGCACUCUCCUACCUCACCUCGGACUCGCGCAUCCUCGACGAGGCCGGGCCGGACGAGCUCGCGUCCAUCCUAGAACGCAUCGACAAGGACGGGCUGAUGGCGCCGCUGCAGGUCGUGCAGACGCUGUCCAAAAACAGCGUGGCCAGCAUGGGCAUGCUCAAGCCGUACCUCUCGAAGCGCAUCGAGCACGAGCGCCGGGAGAUCGCCGAGAACAAGCGGCUGGCGGCGCAGUUCCGGUCCGAGACGGAGACGCGCCGCGCCGAGAUCGCCGACCUCGGCUCCAAGCCCGCCGUCUUCCAGGCCACGCGCUGCGCCCAGUGCAUGGGCUCGCUCGAGCUGCCCGCCGUGCACUUCCUGUGCAAGCACUCGUUCCACCAGCGCUGCCUGCGCGGUGGGGGUGGCGGGGGCGGGGGUGUCGAGGGCGAGGAGUGCCCCGUCUGUGCGCGGGAUAAUGCCACGAUUCGCGCGCUCAAGAAGAGCCAGGAGGAGAAUGCCGAGCGGCAUGAGCUGUUUAGGGAUGACUUGGACAGGAGUGAGGACCGGUUCAAGACGGUGUCGGAGUGGUUUGGCAGGGGGGUCAUGAGCGCGCCGAGCGCCGAGUGAGGGCGUGAUUACAAGUAUCUAGGUGUCUAUGCAUCUAUGUGUCUGUGUAGUAGCUGGCUGGAGAGGGGUAUUAUAGAUCAAUAAUGUUACCGUCGAGGAAUUGGCCGAGGACGGUAUCGGAUAUCGUUUGCACGACUGCUUGGGCAACUGCUCCGCCGCCCUUUUCGGCGGGUGGCUGG